AUGUGCUCUGCAGACGAAGAGUGCACCUUCGUUCGAUUUCAUGAGAGUUCUUGCACCGUCUUCGGAGAAGGUGAUGAGCUGCAAAAAGUAGAAGCAGGAGAAAGCGUUUUUGCAUACUCCUUCGAAACGGUUAAGGCAGUUUGUGGGGAAACAGUGACUGUUGCCACUCCUCGAAGCCUUAAUCGUGAAUUGACAACAAUGCCGGAAGUCUUGUGCGAUAGCGAUCCAAGUUUAAAGCCCAUCGCUGGACCGGCUGGACCUUUCAACUGUAUGAAUAACGGAUUGGAUUGGCACGCUAGUCCCACUGCUAUUUUGGUCAAGGAUGUGCGUGGAUCAGACGAUUUCAGGGAGUUUAGCAUCAAUGUCAGCGAUAUGACUUCGUGGAACCGCCAAGGUUACGUGUUCUCCAGUUAUUGCCAGCAUGCAACAUAUGCUGUGGCAGAGUACUACGAUAAAAAUAAUCCAACUAUAUAUUUUUAUGGUGUUCAAAAACAAACAGGACUAUCAAUUGAGUUUCCUCCAACAUAUUUCGAAGAUACUUUCUUGCUUCGUCGAAACUUCACCGUUUUCUUUGUGAGCAAUGUGCUCUGCCCCCCAGUGACUCAAUAA